AUGAGUAGAUUAUCUAACUGUCUUAGAUUUAUACGACAGUCUAGUACUCACUCAAAUAGUUCGGUGGUGGUAGAUUCCAUACUCAAAUUAUCACGUAUAAAUCUCAAUGGGAACUUGAAACCUUUAAAUCUUGUAAAUAAAUCCAUAAGUUUCCAAAACCACCAGUUCCCUACUCAUCAUUCUAAAUCCCGUGAAUUGUCAAAAUUAGGUGAUAGCAUCAUACAGUUUGUUAGUUGGAGGUAUGAGUCGCUUAAUUACCCUCAUAAUAAACAUCCCGUAGACAAAGUGCCGAAACUUUUGUAUGGUCGAUUGAAAAAGAGACUAGAGAGUAUAAAUACAAAUGUAUCUAGCUAUGUGGGCUCAUAUUAUGUAGAUGACCCUCAAAACUGUUUGGACAACAUAUCCAGUCUUUUAGGGGAUAUAAAGAUUUCCUUUAGGUCGCAUACAGCUGGUGUUCCCAGUAUCAAUGAAGAUUAUUUGUACUAUGAUAAUAAUGAAUUUACGUUUCCUUCUUUGAGAGAUAAAGAAUUGGCCGGAUUACUUAAGGCACAAACCAUUUUGGGUGAAAAUUUAAGUCAUUAUGGAACAUCUUAUUACAGAUUCAAAGUCAUAUCAGAGGUUUAUAAAUACUUGGAAGAUUCCCCCUUAUCACUAGAGUUAACAUCAUUCCUUCUAUCUGAUCAAUACCUCAAAUUCCUUAUGGAGAGAAUAGAGAUAUUCAAAUUAUUAAAUGAUGAUAUCUCCAAAUAUGCGUUCAAUCCUGAUGUUUAUAAGAAGCUAUUUGGUCGUUAUAUGGCUAUCCUCACUAUCAAUCAGCCUGAUAUAAUAGACACAUGGAUAAAUAAUCAUAUCAAGAUCUACGUGGAUAUUUUCGAUAACUUGAGUAUUCAAGAGUGUAAGAUAACACUCAAAGACCUUCUGAUGAGAAUGAAAUUUGAAUACGGCUCUUUAGAUAAUGAAUUGUUCAGGAUCGUGGAACUGUUCUGUAAAGUGUCUAUCCCGGUUGAUCUUCAAUCCAACUUGAAGUCUGACAUAGGCGAUGAUGAGUUGGUGGAUUUAGCUUACGAUUUCGUCAGUUAUUGUACAGGAAAGUAUUUUACUGGGGAUAAGUCUCAAAUUAGUGAAAGAAAUAAAAAGAUUGUUCUUGAUGUGUUCUCGAAGAAACAAGAAGAAGAGAAUGUGUUAAGAAAUCUUGGGAUUUUUAUCACAGCAUCAAAGUUUCAAGCUGAGACCACAAUAUUCAGUAUCUUGGGUCAAUCAUUCAAAAGACCAUAUGUUGCAUUUGACCCAACUUCACUUCAAUUGCACAAAUUCGGUAUAAAAAUCCCCCAACCGUACCUCAAAUUGAGACCUAAUGAUUCCAAUAUGAUACGGUUGUUACUUAUCAACAGACAUAUUGUGUUUUCAUUCUUGAAUACCCAUGACAGUCUUCUUACUUAUAGAAAUAUCUCGAAAUUCAAUGACAUUAUCAAAAAUUUUGAAUUAAUAGGAUACUCGUACUACCGAUAUUUGAUUAAUAUUAAUUUGAUGAAAUCCAAUCUCAAUUAUGACCAAAGAAGAAUGAUAUUCCCUUUCUUAAUGAAAAAAACCUUCAAAUCGUAUAUCUUCGAUGACAGAUCACAAUUAACACAGUCCAUCAACAAUAAGAGUUACAACACGAUUUUACGAGAUAGAAUAAAUAAUGAUAAAUACUUAAAGAUCAAAACAGGUUCAACGGGAUUUAAUCAAUAUUUUGCAUUACUUGACUUGUUACAUCCCAAAUAUCCCAAAAACUACGUUUCAAACUUACUUAUCAAUUUUGGAAUAUUUCCCACCAUGACAAUUUUUAAACCUAAUGAUUAUCUUAAUGGGAUCAUAAAAUCCCACACUCAAUGCCCGAUCGAGCUAAAUUCCUCCUUCAAUAUGAAAUCGAAUGAUCUUAUUGAAAAGAUCGAUUUGGUUAAUAAAUCACUAGAAUCAUAUUAUAGAAUGUAA